CAUCUGUCGGCGUCUGGCAGCAGUGCAGCGGGAAACAGAAACACCAUGGCUGCCACUCUGUCUUUUACUCAGCUCUCCAGUGGAAAUCCCAUCUAUGACAAAUACUAUCGGCAGGUUGAUCCAACUGGCAGUGGGCGAGUGGCAGCAGCUGAUGCAGCUUUGUUCCUGAAAAGGUCAGGCUUGGCUGAUGUGGUCCUCGGAAAGAUCUGGGACUUAGCAGACUCUGAACGAAAGGGCUACCUGAGUAAACAGCAAUUCUUCAUAGCAUUGAGGUUGGUAGCCUGUGCACAGAAUGGACUGGAGGUGGCACUCAAGAGCCUUAAUGUAGCUGUUCCUCCCCCAAAAUUUCAUGACACAAGCAGCCCUUUGUUAGCAGGGGGAGUGGCUAUGGAUAUUCCAUGGAUUGUUAAGCCCGAGGAAAAGAUGAAGUUUGACUCCAUUUUUGAUAGUCUGGCUCCAGUGGGUGGGAUGCUAACAGGGGAGAAGGUUAAACCAGUCCUGCUCAACUCCAAACUGCCGGUCGACAUCCUGGGCAGGGUGUGGGAGCUCAGUGACAUCGACAGAGAUGGAAUGUUGGACAAAGAUGAAUUUGCUGUGGCCAUGUAUCUGGUGUACAGAGCCCUGGAGGGGGAGCCUGUUCCCAUGUCUCUGCCACCUCCCCUGGUUCCACCCUCCAAGAGGAAGAAACCCUCAGUACCUCCUGUGAUGCCCUUAUUACCCUCACCCCCUUCUGCCAAAGACAGUCGCUCCUCCCAUGCUGGCUCUAAGACUAUGCCUCACCCUCCUAAACCUGCCCCAGUUCCUGUCCCAACACCAGCAGCUGCCCCUUGGGUGGUGUCUCCAGCAGACAAAGCCAAGUAUGAUGAACUGUUUAACAAAACAGACAGUGACAUGGAUGGGCUGGUGUCUGGACCAGAGGUCAGAGAUAUCUUUCUCAAGACCGGCCUGCCUUCUGCAACACUUGCGCGUAUCUGGGAGCUUUGUGACAUUGGAGAUGUUGGAAAACUAACUCGAGAGCAGUUUGCCCUGGCGCUUCAUCUGAUAAACCAGAAGCUGACCAAAGGCAUGGAUCCGCCCCAGAGCCUCUCCCUAGAGAUGAUCCCACCUUCUGACAGACAAAGUAUCAAACAGAACAACUUGGCAAACCUUGCAGCUGACUUCUCUGCCAUCAAGGAGCUGGACUCUCUCAGCAAUGAGAUUGUUGAACUCCAAAGGGAGAAGAGCAUGGUUGAAGAGGAGAUCAAGGAGAAAGAGGAGGCCAUCAGACAGCGCAGCACUGAAGUACAGGACUUGCAGGAUGAGGUGGCAAAGGAGAGUGAGGCACUACAAGGGCUUCAAGCUCAACGACAGAGGGUCCAGCAGGCCUUGGAGGAACUGGACCAACAGAAGGGCACACUGGAGCAACAGCUGGCUCAUAUUCGUCAGCAGACCAGUCAGGAGACACAACUGAUCUCCUCACUACAGUCAGAACAUGAAGAGCAGGAACAGAGGAUAUGUCAGUAUGAGGAGGAGCUGGUUCAGGCACGAGAAGAACUCCUCGCGCUGCAGGAGGAGAGCAGGAGGUUGCAGGAGAAGGUUCAGGCCGCUCAGGAACAGCUUACACCCCUGCAGGAGACUGUGCGUGACUCCUUCACACAGGUGGCACAGGUUCAGCAGAAAGUCAAUGACCUUCAAGUGGAGGAGAGGUCAGUGACUGCUCAGCUGAGCUGGAAGAGAGCACUAGAGGACAGCUCUCCUGUUAUGGUGAAUGGAUCAUUGGUGCCCACGCCAGAGCUUCAACAGGGGGACCUCUUCCAGCAGGACCUCUUCCAGCAGGAGCAUCCAAAAGAACUGAAGGAGGAAGAACCAGCUGCUUUCUGCAGUCUACAGAUAGAACACUUAAAUCAAAGAGAGAAAGGAAUGAAUAAUGGCGAUGAAGAGGAGGAAGAAAGUCCAAAGACACCAGAGGAGGAGAAGUCAAAACCCAGCGCUCUGGAAGAUCUCUAUUCUAGUCUAGCUUCUUGUGACAUAUACAACAGCCUGCCCACUUUGACCAAGCCACAGAACAUUGUUAUUCAGGAAUACAGUAGCCCAACGGCCAAUAUCUCCCUAGAAGUUACAGAUGAUACUGAAGAAUCACCGAAAUCCAGCCCACCAAAGGCUGAAUCACCAGAGCUCAAGAGAAAACCUGAGGCUGCAGAUUCCCAAGAAAUUGCUCCCUCAUUAUUACCUCCUCAGGUCAACACUCGCUCCACAGCACCACAAGCCAAUGUGCCCAUCCUACCUGAGAUAGACUUCUUCCAUUCAGACCCCUUUACUGACCAUGAUCCAUUUAAAGGUGAUCCUUUUGGGAAAACGGAUGCUGUAGAUCCUUUUGGAGGAGAUCCAUUCAAAGGCUCAGACCCGUUUGCUGCAGAUGCCUUCUUUGUUCCAACCACCAGUGCCCCUUUUUCCUCAGAUGAUCUUUUUUCUGCCCCAGCUGACCCAUUUGGUGCCACUACUGGCCCAGUACAACAAGACCUGUUUGGUGCCAAAUUAAAUGACACAAUAGCUGCACCAGUGGCAGAACCAGACCCCUUCACCUCCACACCUGCCACCACAUGUUUACCACCCAAAGAUCCAUUCAGCUCCACAGGGAACAAUGUGAAUGAUGCCCACCCUUUUGGAGGAAAAAUCCACAAGCUGGGAGAUGCUGAUCCUUUUGCUUCUCAGGAAGGAGAAACAGAUCCCUUUAGUAGUUCUUCGCCGAGCUCUGAUCUGGCUAUGAAAGACACAGCUGCAACAAAUGAUCCUUUUGCUCCAGGUGGUACGACAGUGAGUGCAAGCUCGGAUCCAGAUCCGUUUGCUGCGGUGUUUGGAAAUGAAUCAUAUGGAGGGGGCUUUGCAGAUUUUGCUGCCUUGGCAAAGUCUAGUGGUACGGACCAGUUUGGUACCGACAAUAAGAAUUUGUUCCAGGAUGACAGCCAGUCUGCCAGCUCUGACAUUCCCCCAGCACUCCCACCGAAAACGGGUACGCCAACUAGACCCCCCCCUCCACCUCCAGGUAAGAGAUCCUCCAUCUCCAGAACAGAGUCCUCCGACUCUUUCCAUAGACGAGGGCAUUUCCUCACACAGAUAUCAGGAGAAUUCUCUUCGUCCUCCUCCUGCUCUUCUCUGCCUGCCAAGGAUCCUUUAAAUGACCCCUUCGCCCCCUCGUCCCCUCCUCGCCGCAACGUACGGGAAGCUGACCGUUUUGCCAGCUUUGACAAACAGUAUCCAACAGAAGAAGACAUGAUAGAGUGGGCAAAGCGUGAGAGCGAGCGGGAGGAGAAGGAGCGGCUUGCCAGACUCACCCAGCAGGAGCAGGAGGACCUGGAGCUGGCCAUCGCACUUAGCAAGUCUGAACUCACCUGAGGAGCACGACCUCGACCCAACGGCACAGCCUGGUCCAGCCCGGAAAGCACCAAAGCAAAGUGGGGACUGUGUAGGACUGAAUCGGCGGUCCCUGCUGCCCCCAUGAAGAGACUUUCUUAGAAUUAACCCCUCUUUCUAUGCCUUCAGCCCAAACUGUGGUCACUCCUAGCCAGCAUUACACCAUCUUUUAACCCCCCCAUCCUGAUGGUCUCUGUGGUUUUUCUUUUGGAUCAUAGCAGAGGACCAAAGCUUCUGUUUAAAAAGGGAUUUAAAAAAAUUAUAUGCAGUGAAUAUGGAUUUUUAGCUCGUCAUGUGUUCAACAGCAGAAUGUUAGUACCGCUUUAUUAAAAAAUAACUUAUUGAAACACUCAGAAGAAGUUUGGACUUUGGUUUUCUCUGCUGUUGCUCACUUCUAAAACAUGCAGUGAAUUUAAGUGCAAACUUUAAUACUCAUAUCUAACCUCGAUAUCCACCAGUGUGCUUCCAGCAGAGUAAAUGGGAUGGUGAUGCAUCAGUGUUUACACAGUAUGAAUGCAGAGACCAUCUUUCAGUGCAGCCAUCAGGUUUUCCCGGACUUGGUCAAACUGAAUCCCAUUGACAAAAAAAAAAUUAUAUACCUAAUUAUAACAUUUAUAACAUUAUAAUAUAUAUAACAUUAAUAUACCUGGAAUAGAACUACAAACAUUUUAAUUAGCAUUAUAUUUCAGGGCACACUACAAUGGGUGGCACAUAACCAAUUUUACCAGAUAGUUAACACUUAAGAUGGAAGACAAUGUAGUUUUUAAAAUCUGUUUAGUCACUCGGAGGCUGAUCGGUGUUCAUGUACUUUAAGAAAUGAAAUGUUUAAUUUAUGGGUGAUAUGAGACAUGAUGGGAAUAACACUGCUGACUUUAACAGAUAUUUGGUCUUGCUCAAGAGCAUUUCACUGGGGUGGAGUGAGUGGGUUUUUAUUCCAAGACGAUGAGCCCCCCUAAACUGCUAAACUUUGGGCAACAAUCGACCCUGCAUGGAUAUGAUGUAAAGAUGAAGAAGGAGUAGUUGAGUUAAAACCUAGAAGUUGGGUUGUAAAACACUGAAUGUAUGUGUCUGAAA